CUUCCGGAUUAGCCACUGUAUCAUCCGGUUAGCUAACGCAGAGGUUUCAUCUCAUUCAACAUUCAGCUACUUCGCAUAAUCUCUUCAAAAUAUCCCCACGCCGUCCUUAGCAAGUUUUGAAUAAGCACAAAAAUGGCAGAGGCCCUUCAAAAGAAAUUGAAAGCGGAAGUAGAUAAAUUUACUUUGAUGCAGAAGGAUGUUAGCAAGAGCAUGUCAGCCAGACAGAAGCUGGAAACGCAACUGGCAGAGAACAACAUUGUCAAAGAGGAGCUUGACCUGCUGGACACCACAAACACAGUGUAUAAACUUAUUGGCCCAGUAUUAGUGAAGCAAGACUUGGAGGAGGCCAAAGCCACCGUCACCAAAAGGCUGGAGUACAUCAACGGAGAGAUUCAAAGGUAUGAGACUCUCUUGAAAGACUUGGAGAAGAAAUCUGAUCAGCACCGAGAGCUCUUGUCCAGUUUACAGCAGGAGUAUCAGAAAGCUCAGGGUCUGGCUGUUGGCAAAGUCUGACCAAGUGAUCCGGCUACAUGCACGCACGCACGCACACACACGCACGCACGCACGCACACACACACACAACCGGUUAUUCAUGAUUUAAUGUUAGACCUUAAACAUAAGGCUGAGAAUACUCUGCCUGUAUCAUGUCAGUUAUUUGUUUAUCAAAGUGACUUCUCCUUUGUUGCUAAUAAACUUGUUUUUCAUGAAA